GAAUAUUAAAUAGUGAAAUCCAAAGUAAACUUUCUAAACCAGUCAAAGGAUCUUUUGUUUCUGCUCACAUUUGUUGUGAUCUGUUUCAUACCGACUACUGCAGGCUGCGACGCUUACCUGAUAUCAGGACUUCUAGGUGAAAGAAUCCGAUUUCGUUCCCCAACUGGCUUGCGGCAGAUAAACCACCGAGAGCGCGAAGAACAUUCAUCUACACCCACGGUCAACAUCAUGCAAAUCCUCUUCGAUACCCUUAUCCUCCUCGGCACAGCCUACGCCCUCCCCUCCAUUCAACACCAGCAUCGAGCCAUCCCAAACGCAACAUGGGAAUUUUCCGUAUACCAAAAUGAUCACUGCACGGGAGAAAUAACGCUCUUCUCCGGAACCAGGAGCACAUCUUGUCGCGACGCAAUUCUCAAUGGCGGAGCACUGUCCUACAUCCCAGACAAAAUCACAGAUUCCCAUUGCAGGGUGCAUCUCUUCAACGAUAACCACUGUUCUGGCAACCGGACUGUCAGCGUCUUUGGGAAGGAUAUCAAGCCGACCUGUCGAGUGCCGAGAUGGGGAGGAAGCGAGACUCAGAUCAAAAGUUUCUAUGUGAAAUGUUGAUUUGAGUUAUGUUCUAUUCUGAAUCCGACCUUCUACUCUGGGAGCAUUGUUUGAGAAGUGGGCUUCUAUGUCGGAUCAAUGGCGAAGUCGAAUUCCGUAUUUACGAUUAUGCAUUAUGCUCUGC